AGUAUAAGAACUGAACCCUAAACGCCUAAACUACACUUUUCCGAUCCCUCUUCGUCCCAAGAAAUAGAAAUUGGAGGGAGGGGAAACCGUUCAUGAAAUAAAAGAAAAGAGUUCGCGGUUUUCCUGAUUUUCUUUGCAAUGGUAGGGAUCAUGGAUCCAGCUUCGAGAGAAAAGCUCGAGAGUUUAUCCAACUCAGUGAAGUUUGCUAGUGACUUAGGUCCAAAACUAGAGUUUUGUCGUCAAUUGAAGCAUGAUUUGUUGGAGGAAGACGCUGCCACUUUGUCCGAGUUCCUUCCUCGUAUCUUAGACCUUUACUCCGACCCGUCCGGUCCGGUCCGCAAACUUGCUACCCAGAUAAUUGGUGAAAUUGGAGUGAAACACCUCGAAUUCGUACCUGAAAUUGCACCCUUUCUGAUAACUGUUUUGGAAGAUGCUACACCUGCUGUUGCUCGACAGUCUAUUUUUUGCAGCAUUGAUUUGUUUCGUCAUACUCUCGAAAAGAUUACAAUUCAGGGCCUUCAGUCCAGUGAAUUGGCCAGUGAUCUUGAAUCAUCAUGGUCGUGGUUGUUAAAGUUAAAGGAGAAGAUAUAUUCUAUAGCUUUCCAGCCAGGAAGUGGUGGGAUAAGAUUGGUGGCACUGAAGUUUGUGGAAGCAGUAAUUCUUCUUUAUACUCCUAAUCCUAAUGGCUCUGCAGAGCCCCCUCCUAAUGAAGGAACCCCUAUAGAUUUUAACAUAACUUGGCUUCAUGGGCGCCAUCCUUUUCUCAAUGUUGGGGAUUUGUCAAUUGAAGCUAGCCAGCGUUUGGUUUUGUUGCUUGAUCAGCUUAGAUUUCCAACAGUAAAGUCUCUAACAACAUCUGUGAUUGUUGUGCUUAUUAACAGUCUUUCAGCAAUUGCAAAUAAGCGGCCUGCAUAUUAUGGACGUAUUCUACCAGUUUUACUCAGUUUGGAUCCCCCAAGCUUUGUUAUCAAAGGGGUUCAUGUCUAUGGAGCACAUCACUUUGAAAAUGCCUUACUAUCAUGCUUGAAAUGUACUCACCCAAGUGCUGCACCGUGGCGGGAUCGUUUACUUGGUGCCUUGAAAGAGAUGAAAGCUGGAGGACUGGCGGAGCUAGCUCUCAUCCAAGUUAAUAAAAUUAAUGGAAGUGUGGAAGACAAUAAAGAUUAUUCUUCAGCUAUUAAGGAAGAAAAACCCAUGACUAAAGCAUGUGAUGCUGUUGUUAGCAAUGUGGGGAGGAAAAGAUCUGGAUCUGAGGACAGUAAUGAUUUGGCUGAAAAUGAUGGUGUGUCUGGAAAACGUGUCAGGUCCUCGCCUAGUGUAUCUGAAGAAGCAACAAAAGAGUUAAACAGGAACACUUCUGUGUAUCAGGGUGAUAUUUCUUCAAUUCAAUCUACCAAAAGAAAAGAUGACGUUGAUACCGGACCAGUCCAGCAACUUGUUGCCAUGUUUGGUGCCUUGGUUGCUCAAGGAGAAAAAGCUGUGGGAUCUUUGGGGAUUCUUAUUUCAAGCAUAUCUGCUGACUUGCUGGCUGAGGUAGUGAUGGCUAACAUGCGUAACCUUCCUCCCGCUCAUCCUCACACUGAUGCUGAUGAUGAAUUGCUGGAGGACAUGUGCAUAGUUGGAAGUGACACUCAAGCCAAGUAUCCACCAUCAUUUUUAGUUGAUGUUGUUUCACUAUCAAGUACUUUCCCGCCAAUAGCCUCGCUGCUAAACUCCCAGCAACCAGUUCCUGAUGAAAUAGUGAUACAGAAAACAGAAGCGGUUGAAGAAGAUGAUUCUAUGGCUGGCCUUAAUAGUUCUGUUGCAUAUGCUGGCAUGGGUCAUGAAGCUGAAAAUGCUCUUUUGCCUGGAAUGGAGAAGAUUGAUGUACUUACUCCAUCUGACAUCCAUGAUGUGGGUAAUCUUGAAAGUGACUUACCGGGUUUGGGCUCUUCUUUUCAUGAUGAUGGAUUAUCAGAUGCCCAAGCAGCUACCUCAUUGGUCUCUACUGAUCUAGAAGAUGCUAGUCAAGAACAAGGUACAAGUUUUGGUGGAAAGUCACCUCUGCAUGUUCUUCCAUCAAUUUCAGUAGAGAGGUCGGAGGAGUUUAGUCCAAAAACAACAGUUAAUGAUUCCGGCAGCGUGGUUUCCUCAACAGCAACUUCUGUUGUUUCUUCACGUUCUGUUGUCUUGCCCAAGAUGUCAGCACCUGUUGUCAAUCUUUCUGAUGAUCAGAAGGAUGCUGCGCAAAAGUUGGCUUAUAUACGCAUCAUUGAGGCAUAUAAGCAAAUAUCAGUAGCUGGAGGUUCACAAGUUCGUUCUUCUCUGCUUGCUUACCUGGGAGUCGAGUUACCAUCUGAGUUAGACCUACAGAGCCUUCUAAGAGAACACAUCUUGUUAGAUUAUAUCAAUCAUGAGGGACACGAGUUGACAUUGCGUGUCCUCUACAGGUUAUUUGGAGAGGCAGAAGCGGAAAGCGAUUUCUUCUCAUGUACAACUGCUGCUUCUGCAUAUGAAACAUUCCUUCUGGCUGUUGCUGAAAUUCUUAGGGACUCUUUUCCACCUUCAGACAAAUCUUUAAGUAAACUACUUGGUGAAGCUCCUCACCUGCCAAAGUCGGUUUUGAAUUUAUUAGAGUGUUUGUGUUCACCUGGGAUUUCAGAGAAAGCUGAAGAGUCACAAAGCGGAGAUAGAGUUACUCAAGGCCUCAGCACCGUAUGGAGCCUAAUUCUAUUGAGACCUCCAAUUCGAGAUGUGUGCUUGAAAAUUGCUUUGCAGAGUGCAGUUCAUCACUUGGAGGAAGUCCGAAUGAAAGCAAUACGCCUGGUAGCAAAUAAGCUUUACCCUCUACCAUCUAUUUCCCAACAAAUAGAAGAUUUUGCGAAGGAAAUACUGCUCUCUGCAGUAAAUGUUGAUGCUGCAGAAAGAACAGAUGCUGAAGGAUUAAUCAGUGAAUCACAUAAGGAUUCUGAGUUGGAAAAACCAUUGAAUGAGCAUCAGUCGAUGAGUGCCACUGGUAAAGACAUCUCUGCUGAUGUUCACCAGUCAGAAACAUCUCAGAGUGGGUCAUCCCCUUCUGUCUCUGAGGCACAGCGGUGCAUGUCUCUGUAUUUUGCUCUUUGUACAAAGAAGCACUCUCUUUUUGGCCAAAUAUUUAUUAUCUACGGUAGUGCAUCAAAGGCAGUUAAGCAGGCAAUCCAUCGUCAAAUUCCAAUACUGGUUCGUACUAUGGGCUUGUCAUCUGACCUUCUUGAAAUUAUUUCGGAUCCUCCUAGUGGAAGCGAGAAUCUUCUGAUCCAGGUUUUGCAGACAUUGACAGAAGGGAAGGUACCUUCUGCAGAAUUGAUAUUUACCAUCAAAAAGUUAUUUGAUUCAAAACUAAAGGAUGUUGAAAUUCUAGUUCCAGUAUUGCCAUUCCUACCAGGAGAUGAGGUUUUGCUGCUUUUUCCCUAUCUUGUAAAUCUUCCUCUGGAUAAGUUCCAAGUUGCACUUACCUGUUUGCUACAGGGGUCAUCUCAGUCUGGUCCAGUGCUCUCUCCAGCUGAAGUGUUAAUCGCUAUCCAUGGCGUUGAUCCUGAAAGAGAUGGAAUUCCCUUGAAGAAGGUCAUUGAUGCAUGUAAUGCUUGUUUUGAGCAACGAAGUAUAUUCACCCAGCAGGUUCUUGCAAAGGUGUUAAAUCAAUUGGUUGAGCAGAUACCUCUUCCUUUGUUGUUUAUGCGUACGGUAUUACAGGCCAUUGGUGCUUUUCCUGCACUGGUGGAAUUUAUAAUGGAGAUUCUUUCUCGACUUGUAAGCAAGCAGAUAUGGAAAAAUCCAAAGCUGUGGGUAGGAUUUUUGAAAUGUGCCCUCUCGACACAGCCUCAUUCUUUCAGCGUGCUGCUUCAGCUACCCCCUCCACAGCUUGAAAAUGCACUGAAUAGGACAGCAGCACUGAAAGCUCCUUUGGUUGCUCAUGCUAGCCAACCGAAUAUCCGAACAUCACUUCCUAGGUCCGUAUUGGCGGUUUUGGGACUUGCUACAGAAUCUCAGUCCUCCAGUCAGGCGCAAACAAGUCAGGCUCACACUGGAGAUACAAGCAACUCAGAGAAGGAUGCAGUGGCAGAGAAAUCAAAAGAAUCAUCUAGUGCUAGCUGAAGUUUACUGAACUUGUGUAAAGGAUUAGAAUGUUACAACGGUGUUUGCCAUGGUUGGUUGGGUUCACAAGCUCCUAAAGCUGGACUGCCAUGACAAAAUUUAUGCAAGGGGACG